AUGAAGACGAUCGAGGCCAUGUUCGAAGAUCUGGAGAAGGACACGCAGGCCAAGGCGGACCAAAUCCAAGCCCUCGAGGCGGAGAACGAGCAGAUGAGCCGACGACUGGCCGCCCAGACCACCGCCUCGGGCCAAGGCGGCAGCGGCGCUGGCGAGGAAGUGGAGGAGCUGAUGCGGGCGUUGGAGGAAAGGCAGAAGGAGGCCGACGAGUACGCGCUCCGCUACGCCGAGAUGAUCCAGAGCACGCAAACCUACGAGAAGAAGGUCAAGAACCUCGAGUCGCGACUCAAGCGGGCUCAGCGUCAGCUCGAGGCCGAGAAGGAGAAGUCGAGCACCCUCUCUUCCAAGCCCUCUUCUUCCGAGUGCGAAGAGCCCAAGAGGUCGACCAUCAUCUCUUCAUCGUCGUCGUCUUCUUCGUCGUCCUCGUCUGCGUCAUCGCUGUCGACGGCCAAGCGACCAAGAGACACCGCAGAGCCGCUGGCGGCGCUCAAGGAGUCGACGUCGGCAGCUGCGAGCCAGGUCAAGCGACUGCGAUUCACGGCUGGCGCCGACGCCAGCGCGCCGGCCACCCGGGAGGAGUCCGCUACGCGAUCGCGGCCCGCUCUGGCGGCAGCUCAGCAGCAGCACUUCAAGGAAGCGGCAUCUUCGUCUACAAGCGGCGCGAAGCGGAAAGAGCGCAUCGAAGAAGCUGAGGAAGGAGUGGACAAGGAGAACCUGCCCAUGGCGGCCAACUCUGUCCGAUCAUCGUCUGCCACGACCGCCGUGAAGGCGCAGCCCCUGAGCAAGAAGUCGCGCAAGUCCAUCUCGCAGACGGCGGCCGGCGGCGCGGCGGACAGCGAAGGCGACUGUGCCGUGCAGUGA